UCAGCUUUCCACACAGGCGCGCGCACCGAGAGACCCUUGAACACUCAGCUUUGUGACUGUUGCUCAGAUUGGACGCACCGGGAAUGGGAUCUCUUGUGAGAGUGAAGAAAAACUUCGAAUUUUUCCGCGUUUACGCUCUGCAGAGACUACUCUUCAUCCUGCGGGAAUAGCUGCGCAAGUAGAACAGGGAAGACGGCAAAUGAAAAGUAGGUAAAUCAGUUGGGAAGAGGAGUUAGAAAAGAAACACGAAUGGGAUGAAAUAUUGUAACUUGCCUUAUUUAUGCACUAACGUAACACGCUCCUAUAUAUGCGCUUGAUAUUGUAAAAUGUGGCUUUGAAUAUUACAGUAGGCUAAUUUGGGAAAAGGGGAGAGAAUACCAAAGGCAUUCCAAUUAGGCAACGCUUGCGUAAAAGCGCAUGACUACCAGGGUUAUCCACUAAAAACGAUCAAUUAGAAUUUGACCAGUGAAAACAAUUUGUUCCGAUAAGUAUUUGUGGGUAGUGUAUGGAGAGAGACGCAGCAAAGUUGGCAACCUGUAGAUUAUAACUGUUCCCACAGAUACAACCAUGGCAAAGUGGUUUAAAGAUUUCCCGACUAGUUUGAAAAGUGGGACCGAUCGCAUCCGUUCGGCCUCGGAAUCAGGUGCCCAUGGUCGGCCAAAACCUAUGGUGGCUGUAGGUACUGGGGGAAAAGGCAGUGUACGUAAAAAUUCAGAAAAUGGUAGCAGUGGAGGUGGUGUGGGUUCAUUGCUUUCCGGGAGGAAUCGGAAAAAUUCGGCAAUUGAAUUGGGACGGAAUCAACCAAGUACUGGCGCAAGUCCUCUGAAAGAUGGGAAAAUAUGGGAAAUCUUUAUACCUGGGAAAGGCAAGAAGAGUCCAAAGUUCGAUGGAGGAUUCGAAGAUCACCGAACCCUCAGGACCUCAAGUCUGGCGGAUGCUUACAUCAACAGAAUGAUCAAGGUGGACAAACAAGACAAAGGCCAAAAGCACAAUUUUGGGACUGGAGAUGCAACAGCUGCAGACAACGAGAAAGGAAAGGCAACGUUGAAGACGGAAACGUUGAUAAUACUGGAGGAUUACGCUGACCCAUUCGAUGCUGAGAGAACGAAGGAACAGAGAGACGCUGAGAGAGAGGGAGAGAACGAUGGCUACAUGGAGCCCUACGACGCCCAGCUCAUUAUUACAGAAAUCCGCCGGCGAGGCUCACGGGACCUGCUGAAGGUGUGUGUGGUGCUGAAGGGCGAGGAGGAGGGCGGCACGCCCCAGAUCUACGACGUGCCCUACGAGGAGGUGCUGGAGGGCAUCCCUCUGACCCGGCCCGAGUGCGACCCGCGGCCCCAAGCCGAGUACGAGCUCCCCUGGGAGUGGAGGAAAGAGCAGAUUGUCAGAGCCCUGUCAGCCCAGUUUGAUGGAGUGGAGCGGGUGACCAGCAGUAAAGAGGACACGGUGCUCUCCCCGCGCCAGCAGAGACAGAAGAGCUGGACCCCCAAAACGCUGCGUCCUUCUCCCCCGUCCCCCACGCUCACCCCCACCACCCCUGCCACCCCAACUGACAGUGACGCAAAGCCUGUGGACCCCACUGUACCACUGGAGAAGCAAAGCUGGUACCACGGCUCAGUGAGUCGGCAGGAGGCAGAGGCUCAGCUGCAGAACUGUAAGGAGGCCAGCUUCCUGGUGCGCGACAGCGAAUCAUCAACCAGCAAAUACUCCAUCGCCUUAAAAACCAGUCAGGGCUGCGUCCACAUCAUCGUGGCCCAGACCAAGGAGAGCGGCUACACGCUGGACCAGAGCAGCUGUGUGUUCCCCAGCAUCCCGGAGGUGGUGCACCACUACUGCGCCCAGCGCCUGCCCUUCACCGGGGCCGAGCACAUGACCCUGCUGCACCCCGUGCCCCGCACGCAUUAGUGACCCCCCCCCCCCCCAUCAUU